GUUUAAAAAUGAGUUAUGUAUUAUAAUGUAAUAACUAUAAUUAUCAAACAGGAAGCUGACGAAGAUGAACUACCGAAUGACGAGUUACCAGAAUGGAAACGAGAGCCAUCAAAAGUGGACAUGUCAAAGCUGGAUACGUCUGACCCAGAAAAUCUUCUCAAAGCUACGAAGAAAGGAAAAACUCUCAUGAUGUUCGCAUCAGUUUCUGGAAACCCAACUCAAGAAGAAACGGAGAAAAUUACGCAGAUUUGGGCGGGCAGUUUGUUUAAUGCUAAUAUGGAAACUCAGAGAUAUGUUGUAUCGGAGAAUCGUGUGAUAUUUAUGCUGAAAGACGGGUCCAUGGCGUGGGAAGUGAAAGAUUUUCUUGUGAACCAAGACAGAUGCGAGGAAGUAACAAUAGAGGGCAAAAGUUAUCCAGGAAAGGGAGCUUCUAAAGAUAAGAAGGAAAAUCAGCCGUCAAAGAAAAAAGACAGUGAUUCUAAAAAAGAUGAUAAAAAGACUAAAAAAAAGGACAAAAGUAAAGAAAAAUCGGGAUCUUCAGAUAAAAAAGACAGCAAGAAAAAGAAUACUGAAAAAACAGAGUUAUGAUCCUUGAGAUAAUGUGGAUACCGUAUACUCCCUUGUUAAUGCCCCAAGUGGCCUUAAUUUUGCAAAAGUGGGGUAUUUAUUAUGGCCAUAGAAAUAAAUUUUCAAUUUCUUUAGUGAAUAUAAACUGUAAACCAGCUUCAAAUGAAUGAAAUUUUAACUGCUAUAGCUCUUCUAUAGUUCCAGUAUUCAUUGAUUAGUAAAAUGUACUAAAAGUAUAUAUACUAGCGGAAAACAGAACUGAGGAGGUAUAUAAGAAAUCGCAAAAAAAAUUCAACAGGGUUUUAUCUGACCUUUAUUUAACACCAGCUCAGUUGAUAUGGUUAUUGCAUCAGCAAAUGACUGAGAGGGAUACACAGCUUACCUGUGUAAAGUUUCAAGCUUUAAUUUAUAAAAUUGAGCGAUACAUGAACAUUUUACACAUGCACAGUUUCUUUUUUCCGCUAGUAUAUAUUUUUUUUUUUCAAAAGGUGGAGUUAUUAGGGGAGGUUGUUAAUUAGUGAAUAUAUGGUAAUAAACUAUGUAUAAAUUGUAGACAUUGGUAUGAUAAAAUUGCUCAUCGUGUUCAGCAUAAUGAAAAUGUAUAAUGCAAAAAAUAAUAAAAUCUCAUGUAUAUCAAAAA